AUGCGGGCAAAGCUUUGGAUGGGAUUUGCUCCCUUCCUUUCAAAGCGUUACAUCUCCACCUGCGGGACAUCGUCGCUACCUCCAUCUUCAUCGAGCUUGGUAAUACAACCAUGGCUUUUUAUUGGUCUCGGUAACCCCGGUGAGAAGUACCAAUCCACCAGACACAAUGUUGGAUUUGAUAUGAUAGAUGCAUUUGCAGUGUCUCAGGGCAUAUCCCUGAUAACGCAUCAUUUCAAAGCACUAUUUGGUGAAGGGGUGGUAGAUGGUGUCCCUGUUUUGCUUGCCAAGCCACAAACAUACAUAAAUCUGAGUGGUGAAUCUGUAAGCAAACAGUUUUGGAAGACUUCUUCAAAUUUUAUACUAUACAUUUUUCAUGCGAUGCGGUUCAUUUUAACUGGCUUGACUGUGAACCACGACAGCAUGUUAAAUCCUUGUGACGCUGACACCCCUCUGUUUUUCCUUUUCUUAUUACGGGCUGGUGCAUUUGCUGCCUAUUAUAAACUGCCACUUCACCGUGUCAUAGUGGCAUAUGAUGACACGGACCUGCCAUGUGGAGUUCUCCGUUUACAACCUAAAGGAGGAUAUGGACGUCACAAUGGGUUGAAGAGUGUGAUCUACCAUUUUCGCAAGAACCGGGAAUUUGGUCGAUUAAGGAUUGGAAUUGGACGACCUCCUGGUCAGAUGGAUCCCAAAGCUUUUGUGCUUCAGAAAUUCAAUAAGACUGGUCGGGAACGGAUUGAUUCGGCCAUAAAAGAGGGUUGUGACAUUCUGAAGAUGGUGGUGACCAAGGGCUUGACGGAGGCGGCGAGAGCGUCAAAUGUGGAUCAGAAGUACAAGCAUCUGGUCUCACAUGACCAGCAGUCGUAA